ACACAUUUAGGCCUUACUAGGUUAGAUUAAUACGAUCACAGGUCGGCAGCUGAGUUGCUUUCAUCGGCGACGUCUAGGGUGUCACAUUUACCAGCCUGCAGCAAAUCCGUGAAAGCAGCACGGCAAAAAGCUGUUUGUAUUCCUCGCGCGGCGUCUCUCCGCGGCCAUGGUAACACUGUCCUCAAUGCUGGACAUCUGAUUAAAAACAUACAAGCGAGGGCUUUUCAUACAGCUGUUAUAAAUCAUGAAUCUUGCAGAAAUAUGUGACAACGCCAAGAAGGGCCGUGAGUACGCCUUGCUUGGGAACUAUGACUCCUCCAUUGUGUACUACCAGGGCGUCAUUCCACAGAUCCACAAGCACUGUCAGUCCCUCAGAGACCCUGCACUUAUAGUCAGAUGGCAACAGCUUAGUAAGCAACUGACUGAGGAGUACGAGCAAGUGAAAAGUAUCAUGGCAACGCUGGAGAGCUUUAAGUUAGAGAAGCCGACUGACAUCCAAGCCCUGCAGCCAGAGGAGAGACUAGAAGAUCCAGCUGUGUGGCCCCCUCCCAUCCCUGCAGAGCACAGGAAUCCUGUUCCAAUAAAGCGGCCCAACAGUGGAGUGAAGCAGCAGAGGAAAGAGUCCCCUGGCCUGCAGCAUCGAGGGGCAGGGCCGGGAGGCCGUGCUCAGGCCAAUGCUAAAGCAGACCGGCCGGGAUUCACAAAAUGCAAAGAUGAUAAGGGAAAGAAAGGGGGAGAUGUGCCGGGGGAUGAAGGGCAUAAGAAGUUUGAUGGCACAGGAUAUGACAGUGACCUAGUGGAUUCGCUGGAGAGAGAUAUUGUGUCCCGUAACCCUAACGUGCACUGGAAUGACAUUGCUGAUUUGGAAGAUGCUAAGAAGCUCUUGAGAGAAGCAGUGGUGUUGCCGAUGUGGAUGCCUGAUUUCUUUAAGGGCAUUCGCCGCCCUUGGAAGGGUGUAUUAAUGGUCGGCCCUCCAGGUACGGGGAAAACCAUGUUAGCUAAAGCCGUGGCCACAGAAUGUGGGACCACUUUCUUCAACGUGUCCUCCUCCACGUUGACCUCCAAAUACAGGGGCGAGUCGGAAAAACUUGUCCGUCUGCUGUUUGAAAUGGCCCGAUUUUAUGCGCCAACGACCAUCUUUAUAGACGAGAUCGACUCCAUCUGUGGCAGGAGAGGAACAUCUGAUGAACACGAAGCCAGCCGCAGGGUCAAAUCUGAACUUCUUAUUCAGAUGGAUGGUGUUGGGGGAGCCCUGGAGGGUGACGACCCCUCUAAGAUGGUGAUGGUCCUGGCUGCCACAAACUUCCCUUGGGACAUUGAUGAAGCUUUGCGACGACGGCUGGAAAAGCGGAUCUACAUCCCUCUGCCCUCAGCUGUUGGUCGUGUCGAGCUUCUAAGGAUCAACCUGAGAGAGGUGGAUUUGGCUACAGACGUAAAUCUGGACCUCAUUGCUGAGAAGAUCGAGGGCUACUCUGGAGCAGACAUCACCAACGUCUGCAGCGUAGCCUGCAGGAUUUCAUCACAGCUCAGGGACGCCUCCAUGAUGGCGAUGCGUCGUCGAAUCCAAGGCCUGAGCCCCGAGGAGAUCCGAGCUCUGUCCAAAGAAGAGCUGCAGAUGCCCGUGACCAUGGAGGACUUCACACUGACACUCAAGAAGAUCUCAAAGUCUGUUUCUGCUGCAGACCUGGAAAAAUACGAAGCCUGGAUGGCUGAGUUCGGGUCAGUAUAGAGAUCGGUGGUGAUUAGAGCCAGAGGGGCGAAAACCGUGAGAGGAGGACUGAUACCUUUGAAAAUAUUUAAGGCCUUGAAAAGCAGCAGUGGAGUGAGCGCUUGUAUUUCAACAAGUCAGCACAUCAGGGAUCAGAAAGACUGGUGCCUUUUAGGGAACAUGAAAAAGGUGGCUUCACCCCUGCAAUUUCACUUGCUGUCCAGAACUGUGUUUGUAGAGAUGUCAGUCAUCCAGCCCACUCAGGUGACCCGAUGAAGGCUGGGUAAACCUCUCACACUGGGAACUUUUAUGUAAACUACCAGCUUAAUACACACAGGGAAUGUGCAUAAGGUUUUAUACAUGAGACCUCAUGCAAGAACAGUUUUACACUGCAGAGCUUUCAAGUCCAGCAUCUAAGAACACCGUUUGAAACCGUGUACAGCUGUUUUCACACAAGACUCCCUGGAAAAAGUCGAGGGAAUUAGAUCUGAAAAUUAUCCAUAGUUGUUCUUUCCUACAUGUGGCACACAGCAGGAAACAGUUACCAGUUAGAUUUGCUGUAGGUGAGGGGGCCAUCUGAAUAAGGCAGGAGGCAAGACACAAAAUGUGUGAAUACACCAGACGAACAUUUAGCUGCGCUAUUCUCACAUUAGUGCGGGCUGAUUUCACACAGGCUUGAGCGGGCAGGUUAAAACUGUCUCCGAUCACAUGCGCCUCUGUGAAGUAAUGUCUGGAAUAAUUCAAGGUGUGAAAACAGCUAAACGAGUUAGAUAUCCUAUCAGACACACGUUGCACCCGGACAGUGACUUGCAAAUAGGUCACCGUCUUACAGAAAUAUUGGUGAAAUUACUGCAGCACAGCAGGCAACAUUAAAGAAAAUGUCUUUCAAAUUAACAAAAAAUCUCUAUAUAAAGUGCACGAGUGGACCUCUCAUGAAUUUCAUUUCAGAAUGUGAGAAGUUCUCUUAAAUCUGUCACUUAGGGACAAAUCUGUUCUUGCACGAGGCCCCCGUGUCAUAAAAAACUUCUUGAGGAGCUCAUGUAUUUAUUGCUGACUGAACAAACUUGAACUGAACCUCAAUAUUGUGGUAGGUUUAGAAUAAAGUGUUGCACUGGCA